ACACUACGUCAACCCGCCAUGUCUUACUAUAUGUUCGAGCAGACAUCUGGCGCCUGUCCGUCAGACUCCCGCCGGCCGGCGCCCUCCAUUUUUGCGGCACCUACCUCCCACUCACAGGGUAACCAUCCUUGCAUCUUACGUUGACCUGAGUCCGCUGCUUCCGUUAAAAGGCCUCUCAUCUGCGAUACCAGCGGAACGGUGGCGGAGACCGCGCGUUGAAGAUGGGGAGAAGACCCAAGUUGCUUGGGUCUUCCACUUCCAAUCAGAAGAUUGGUCCGGCGAAUACGGAGAUGCAGCCACUCCUACCGCCCGGCGGCAACUCCGCCGCGGUGGUGGGGGGAAAGGGGAAGAAGAAGAAUGGGGCACGGCUCUGGAUGAGGUUCGACCGGACCGGCCAGUCAGAGCUCAUCGAGUGGGACAAGAGCGCAAUCAUGAAGCGCGUGGCUAUCCCUGCUAGGGAUUUGAGGAUCCUCGGUCCAGUCUUCUCUCAUUCUUCGAAUAUCCUUGCUAGAGAGAAAGCUAUGGUUGUUAAUCUUGAAUUCAUAAAGGCCAUAGUGACUGCCGAAGAAAUCUUGCUGCUUGACCCUCUACGUCAGGAAGUCCUUCCUUUUGUUGAUCAGCUUAGGCAGCAAUUCCCACGUCAAAGAAUUAAUGAAGCUCCACUUGUUGUGCAAGAAGAGGACACGGCUUUUUUUGGUUCCAAUCAUUGGUUUCAUAAUCCUGAAGCUGCUGAAGUCUUGCAGUCCGAGCUUCCUUUUGAGUUUCAGGUACUUGAGAUUGCACUGGAAGUCGUGUGCACAUUUUUGGAUUCUAAAGUUGCUGAUCUCGAGAGAGAAGCUUAUCCAGUACUUGAUGAACUAGCUAAGAAUGUGAGUACCAAGAGAUUAGAGCGUGUGAGGAGCUUGAAGAGCACCCUUACCCGUCUCCUUGCACGUGUGCAGAAGGUCCGGGAUGAGCUAGAGCAUCUUCUUGAUGACAAUGAGGACAUGGCAUAUUUGUACUUGACAAGAAGGCAUGUCCAGAAUCAGCAGUUAGAAGCUUCUAUGCUGGCCAACAGAUCUAAUAGUCUCAGCAUUGUGUCUAAUUUGCCUCAUGCUGUUUCAAAUAGCCAGUACAAUGGAAGCAGUAUCACUAGUCCCCAUUCUGAUGACGACAAUGUGGAAGACCUUGAAAUGUUGCUUGAAGCUUAUUUUAUGCAGCUUGAUGGCACUCGCAACAAAAUAUUGUCUGUGCGUGAAUACAUAGAUGACACGGAGGAUUAUGUCAACAUUCAACUUGAUAAUCAGCGAAAUGAACUAAUCCAGCUGCAGCUAAUACUGACUAUAGCAUCUUUUGCUAUAGCAAUCGAAACACUGAUUGCUGCCGUGUUUGGGAUGAACAUUCCCUAUACGUGGAAUGAUACAAAUGGAGUUUUUGGUCCCUUUGUUAUAAGCAUUUCAGCUGCAUGUUUAUUGCUCUUCUUGCUUAUUCUUGGAUACGGCAGAUGGAAAAGGCUGAUUGGUGUGUAGCUGUGUUAUCUGAGAAUGCUCGUAACUGUUAGAUCAUCGCCUGAUUAAAAUUUCUCAUGCAUGGUUCAUUUGACAAGGUGCAGCAUUCAAAUAAAAAAGCCCAGUGGUGUGUAGUGUGGAUAGUUCCUGAAGAAACUAAGGUGUGAAUCUGAGGAUGCAUUUGUAAAGGAGAGGCUUGCCUCCCGAGUGAAUGUACCGCUGAAGAUGUGAAUAAUGAUGUACUACUGGAGAUGUAUAUAUAUUUGCAGCUUCUAUCUUCAAUGCGAAACUUAUGGCGAUACGGUUAAAAGCUCAGCCAGCAAAAAACCUCGGGGUCGCCUUCUGGGUACUGUGACUAGAUAGGAAAGAAAGCCUGUAUCCAUGUCUUGUCUGUUUUGUGUAAAUUUCAGAAGGUGUUCAGAUUAGGACCACGCUAAUUUAUUGUAAGCAUGUAAUUUUUGUCCAGCGAUAGCAAGUAUACGCAUUUCAGCUGAAGUUUUUUCUUUGAUAAUCUCAACAUAUCAAACAGUUACUGGUACCUUGGCUGAACGCAAGCUGAGAAGGUUUAAUCUCUGUA